GGCGCCUUGAUAUCGGCACAUGCGGUGGCACCUGGUCGCUGGCGUCGGCGGCCUCCUCGUCUAUUCUCUGCUCUGGUGCCAACAACUAAACUCGCUGCUCGGUACGAUCCAGGACAAGGCCGUGCACCACGUCUCGGCCGCUGCGCACUACGCCCGGUACCAGCUGUACCCGUCGCUCGAGCAAGUGCUCCCGUACGCCGAAAGCUUCCUCUUUCCGACCGUCGUCGCACGGCACGGCACUCGGUACUCGUGCAUCAAGUUUCAGUACACGGGCAUGGGUAGUUGUCCGAGCCAAAUCAACGAUCUCGUGAGCUACGUGUACACGCCCAACAAGACGGAAGCCUGCGAUACCGUGAUCCAAACGGGUAUCUACGGUGUUCCGGGCUACUGCGAGCUGCGCGAUGACGCAACCAAUGAAACGAUCCGCACCAUGUACACGAGCUGCGGGACGCUCACGGGCCGGCAGUUUUCAUGCGCGCUCGCCGCCCAGUACGCAUCGUACGGCCACGACGCAUCGACGUUCUUCUACGCCCUCAACACGAGCUACGUCGCGUCCCGAGGAAUCGUGUUUUCCGUGCACCCGAGCGCGCUUGCGUCGGCGUACGCCAGCAUUGCGCACCUUCGGGCACUCAACUGCUCGUUGCCCAUCGAGGUGUGGCACCGACCGGACGAGCUUCCGCGAGACAAUGCCAUUUUGCAAGCGCUGCACACGACGUUGCAUGUGCAGGUCCGUCCGAUCUUUCAUCCGUUGGCGACGCGCUUUUACUCCAAGAUCUAUGCUGUGCUCCACAGUGCAUUUGAAAGUGUUUUGCUCCUCGACUGUGACAACUUUGCUAUCCACGACCCCGCGUACCUCUUCUCCACGCCCGCCUUUCAAUCGAAUGGCGCGAUAUUUUGGCCCGACUACUGGCGGCCCGGCCACACGUGCUUCAACAUUGAUGGCUACAGUCAGCUUUGGGACCUCCUGGGCAUCAACUUUGUCGAUAUGUUUGAGCAAGAGAGCGGCCAAGUGCUCCUCAACAAGACCAUGGCCGAGCCGGCGCUGCACGUGCUGGCCUUCUUUGCCCUGUACGAACCUCGGUUUCUCACCAACUUUGGCAUGGUGUACGGCGACAAGGACCUCUUCCGGCUCGCGUGGCUGAAGGCCAAUGUGCCGUUUCACAUGAUUGGUCGCCCGCCGGGCAGCCUCGGUAAACUGGACCGCGUCGACCGUAGCUUUUGCGGCAGCACUAUGGUCCAGCACGACCCGAGCGGCGACGUGAUCUUCCUGCACCGAAAUACAGUCAAGUUGUCGGGCUGUCGCGCCGACGCGUUCGUGUGGGAGACCCUCCAAGACUUUCGAUUUGGCGACGUGCACCUGGCACGGUAUCUCCCCGCCGGCUACGUGCUCCGCGACGCCACGUGCUUUGGCGUCCGCGAGCCGUCGAGCGAUUUAUAUACGAUGACAACGAUCCGUCAGUCGCCGUUUGCCCAUCUCGAAGGUACCUUGUACCGGUUUGCCCGCGAAGCCAUGAAGCUCCAACACCCCAACGGCUGUCCGGCCGACAAUGCGAACGAGGACCACGUGCAGUUUCCACUCGACCUGCGCGGCAAGCGCAUUCCUAGCAUGCAUUUCUAUCGACACAAGAGUCCCUACGCGGCCGAGGCGCCGUAGUCUACGAACCGUUUGGUGGCUCGCAUGUGGAGAACCUCAUUAUUGCCAACGACGCCGGUUCUUUGGGACGAGGCGCUCGGGCAUAUGGCUAGCAAGGCCACAAGUACGACCCAACUCUACGAUUUCCAACGGGAGCACCGUAUUUCACGCUUCGGUAACGAUGAAGAACUAGUCCUUUUGCUACUC